GUCUGUGGUGCUAUUCUCUCCUUGGGAUUGUGGCACUGCGUCUCCUGGGGCCCUGUCGCAGCCUCAGCCGCUGCUGGCGUGGUGAUUCUGGGCAGUGGUGGUCUCGGGGUAUUUUCCACUCUUUUUCAGUGCUCACAACCAGCGAGCGGCCAGCCCUGGCAGGGAGGUCACCCUCGCCUUAUUUGUGCAUUGUACCCCCCGGCUCUUGUCAUGCUGCAUAACCUCCUGCACAAGGAGAAGCUGACGAUGGUGGACGUGUUCAAGAGGGCUGGUAUGUACAGGAGGAAGAUCACGAGAGCAGACUUCAUUCAAGUCAUCAGAGCGACCAAAGUUCCCAUCAGCGACAGGGACCUGGAGACUGUGAUCAUCUUCCUGGCUUCCUCAAAGAGAGGGAAUUUUAUAAGCAAUAAAGAUCUGAUUGAAUGUCAAAAGCAGUGGCUGGAAACGAUGAAAGGACAAUCCAGAGAGACCAAAUCAGGUGUACAAGCUCAGAUCCAUAAAAUGACUUGCACAACUGUCAGUUGUGUAACUUCUGCUGGGGGCAAAGCCAAAGAGAUGAAGCCUUGUGCUCCUACCAAGCCUGAAACACAGUUGACGCUGUUACAAGUUCCCCCAGUCAACACUGAGCCAGAACACAGAUAUCUAAGCUACGAGGAAAUGGAGGAGACUGGAAAACAGUUCAGAGAUAGGAGGCGAUGGAAGAAGGACAAAGACAGCUCGCUAGAAUGGAAAGAAAAGUGUCGGCUGGUGAGAUCUGGGGAUGCAGCUGUUGAUGAGCACUGCCUGCCGUCAACUGUAGAGGGUGACAUGGGAGCACUGGUGGACCAGUACCGCAGGGAUUGCUUCAUGAGCUAUCUGAAGAGCCUCAAGCUGUGCAGAGAACGCAACAGUCAUCUCACGGAGCUAGUGCUGCAAAAAGCCCUGCUGCACCCAGGAGACAAGAUCAUCAAAGAUAGAAAAGACAUAAGGCAGAUCAGGCAGCCUGGAGGAUCCUACACCUCAGCACAUGAUCGCGCUCCGUCGCCUGUGAGCAUAUCCAGAUCAAGAACUGCAUCCAGAAAGCAGGCCAAAGAGGCGGAAAAUAGGCAGUUUCAAAGAAAUAAAACGCAGAAGUUUGCACACAUAAGCAAGUCAAAUGACAAUAACUUCUGGCCAGGUCAUCUUCUGGACAAGAUACGCCUUUACCUACCCGAAAUGGAGCCUGGCAGGGCACACGCCUUGUUCAGCUACGUCCGUUCAACCCAGCCCGUCUGUCCUGGCCUCUACAGCCCUGACCGCCGCUGACUCUGGGGAGGGAGGGUGCUCGAGCUAUGGAGAUGCUGCAUUCAAAAGACCUGUUUCUUCUGACGUUGUUCUCUCCGUGGUGCGAGAUGUGAGUGCAGCUUUGUGAUCCGUCUGUCAGCUCACGGGAUCUGGGUCCUGCUGGUGGAGAAAACAAAGGUAUCAAAGUGUAUAGUCAGAUUAAAGGUGGAGGAGCUGGGCAGGCCCCAAAACACACUUCUCAGCUGGGAGCUCCUCCGCUCAUGCAGUACCAGCCUAGGUAUUUUGUGAAAGGCAGCGCUCCCUGUGCUCCCCGGGCAUAAGCGCAGUGCAAUUGCCGUAGUUAAAGCGUGUGCAUAGAGCGGGUGGCAGAGCGCUCGCUGCUGGGCUCCAGCUCCUGCUCUUCCCGUGCUGGCUCUGGCGCUGCCAGCUCCUGCCCUGGCCCGUCUG